GCCGGGGGAUGUCCUGGACGCCGGCGGAGACCAACGCGCUGAUCGCCGUCUGGGGCAACGAGCGGCUGGUGGAGGCGCGGUACCAGCAGCUGGAGGGCGCCGGUACCGUCUUCGGCAGCAAGGCCCCCGGGCCCGCCAUGUACGAGCGCGUCUCCCGCGCCCUGGCCGAGCUGGGCUACGAGCGCACCCCUUCCCAGUGCCGGGAGCGCAUCAAGCAGCUUCACAAGAGACAGAGUGAGUUAGUAAGGAAUGCAAAAUAUACCCUUCGCAGGUGCUACAGCCGCGUGAAGGAGCAUGGUGUUGGGAAGAGGAAAAGCAGCUACACGUUUGAACAGCUGGAGCAGGUUUUUGGGCAGGGAGGAUGGGACUCUCAGCCCUGCCAGCCUGUCCUCAUCAACAGCAGCGGCUUGUAUCAGGAGCUGGAGUCAGACGGCAGCACGAUGGAGGAGUAUUCGCAGGAGGACUGGGGAAACCACAGUCAGGAUCUUCAUUGCUACCAGACUGGCGAACAGGAAUUGGAUGAAAUGCCUACCACAAAAAGAACAUUAAAGAUAAAACAGGAAUCUUCAGAAGACACGCAGAAGCGUGACGUCAUGCAGAAUAUUAUGCAAAUCUUGGAGUCGGUCCAGUUGAAGUGGGAGCUAUUUCAGAGCUGGACGGACUUCUCCAGGCUACAUCUUUCUAACAAACUGGCCAUUUUUGGCAUCGGUUACAACACCCGCUGGAAGGAGGAUAUUCGUUACCACUACGCGGAGAUCAGCUCGCAGGUACCCCUCGGCAAGCGGCUCCGGGAAUAUUUCAACUCGGAAAAACCGGAGGGUCGGGUUAUCAUGACCAGAGUGCAGAAAAUGAACUGGAAAAACGUUUAUUACAAAUUCCUGGAGAUCACCAUCAGCGAAGCCAGAUGCCUCGAGCUGCACAUGGAGAUCGACUGGAUACCCAUCGCUCACUCCAAACCCACCGGAGGAAACAUCGUUCAAUAUUUAUUACCAGGAGGGAUCCCCAAAAGCCCCGGCUUGUACGCCAUCGGUUACGAAGAGUGCCACGAGAAACCCCCCUCCCCUCUCGCCGAGCACAGGGGUCCCGAUCCUGGCAAUGAGACUCAAGGGGAGCUGGAGGUCCCUUCGCCACAAGCCUCCCUCCGGGUGGAUAUGGAAUCCGCCCGGAUUAUCUACUGUUACCUCGGCAUUGCCGAGGUCCGGACUCUCCAGCAGUGCCUGUUUUUACACUUUCAGGCAAACACCAAAACCUUCAGCAAAGAUUGGGUCGGGAUCAACGCCUUUUUAUCUCAGAACUGCAUCGUAGAGCCCGGUGUGUCACCCAAAUCCAUCUACAUCAAAUUUGUGGAAGUGGAGAGGGAUUUUCUUUCCGCCGGCUCUUUGGUAGAGUGCCUGGAAAAAGCCAUCGGAUACCCCUUAAAAUUUAACAACUGAGUCUCAUCCUUCAUAAGGAUUAGGGCUUUCCGCCCCUUUUUUCCAUCCUGCUACCAGACGCUCUCGGAUCCUGUCUGUUCACAGCUGGGCAAGUCGGACUUUUCCGCCUGGAAACGAGUUUUGGGGUGAUAAAGAGGCUCGUGGGGCGCUUUCCACGAGCUCAUCCCCAGCAAGUGAGCGUGUCCCGGCUCUCUUGCCGGACGGACCGGCCGGUUUUCCUACCGGAGCGGCGCGGCGAGGAGAAGCCCCCGGCCUGUGAAAUGACUGUAGGUACAUUCCACAUCGGACA